GAUCUCAGUCCUCAGCGUCCGGUUGCCAGGCAACGCUUCACGCUCCCCUGGAACCUCCUUACGCUGUGCGGCAUGACGUCAUCGGCAAGCGCCCGUCACGGACGGACUCCAUGCGGGACGCUGCCGCGACCCGGCUUCUCUCAGCGGCGGGGGGUAUUUAAUGUCCCUAGGAGAAGAUCUCGUCCUCACCUUGUCAGAGUUUGAUGAUGCUUUACAAGACUUCACAAGAGGACCAUGUAAUUUUGAGGAACAUCUUAAAAAGCUAAAACAACAGCAUCAGGCAACACUUAAUCAUAGCAGUAGUGAUUCAGAAAGUGUUAUUUCCUCGCAGAGAAGCAGCUUGAAUACUAGUGAAGAAAAUUUUAGUUUUUCAUUCACCAACACAAGACACCAUCCAAAAGCAAAGCUUGGUGAUACAAAAGAGCUGGAAAAUUUCAUUACUGAUCUGGAUAAAGUUCUUAGUGAUUUCUGAAAGAAGAAGUUGUCAGCAUGAUCGUAAUAAAGUCAUGCUUCCUGCUAACGUCUGCAGCUCGCCAGCCUACACAAUCGUGUUGUAUUACUGUACAUUAACAUAACAACUGCCAAUGCUAUAUUGUUUAUGAAAAUGUACCUGAACAUCCUUUUAAAGGUUUAACAUGUGGAAGCAGGAAAAAUGCUUUAAUGUAUUGUAUAUACUGUAUCAUAAAAUGGAAUGAUUUUUUUUUUUUAUAUAAUUCAUAUAUUCAAUUUAAAAAAUAAAUGUAAGUUAAGAAAUAUUUAUCUCUGUUCAUGCUGAUAUACUUGCAUGUUUACUAUAAAGCAGUGUGAUCCCCCCGCCCCUCAUACCCCUCCCCACUUGUAUCUUCAUUUUUAACUGAAAUCUUUGUCUAUGUUAAACAUAUAUGUAUGGUGUCUAAAAAUCAUCUGGAAUAUGUCGAAACUAUUAAAUAUAUUUGCAAUUUG